UGCGGAGAAGCGACGGCGGGAGCUGGAAUGCCGCUACAUACCGGACAAAUGCCACAUCUUAAAGAGCACCGUGGACCAGAUCCAGCAGAUCAAACGGCGCGAGCAGGAGAAAGCAGCUCUGAUGUCUCCAGAUGAUGAGGUGCAAAAGAGCGACAUAUCGUCAAGCAGUCAGGGCAUGGUGGAGAAGGAAGCCCUUGGGCCACUUCUCUUGGAGGCCCUGAAUGGCUUCUUUUUCGCCGUGAACCGCGAGGGGCGCAUUGUGUUUGUGUCUGAGAACGUCACCAGUUAUCUGGGUUAUACCCAGGAAGAGCUGAUGACCUCCAGCGUCUACAGCAUCCUUCAUGUGGGUGAUCACAACGAGUUUGUGCGCAACCUGCUACCCAAGAGCCUUGUAAACGGUGUGCCAUGGCCUCAGGAGCAAGGCCGAAGGAACAGCCACAUGUUUAACUGCAGGUUGCUGAAAAGACCUCCAGACGAGGUGGACGCAGAGAACCAGGAGGCCCGUCAACAGUAUGAGCUCAUGCAGUGCUUCACGGUCUCUCAGCCCAGAGCGGUGCAGGAGGAGGGUGAGGACCUGCAGAGCUGUUUAAUCUGUAUAGCAAGUCGAAUGCCUCAUCCACCUCAGAUCCCUGUCAGUACAGAGUCCUUCAUCACUAAGCAGGACCCUACAGGGAAAAUCAUCUCUAUUGAGACGAGUGCUCUGAGGGCCACAGGCCGACCAGGUUGGGAGGACCUGGUCAGGAAGUGCAUCUACGCAUUCUUCCAGCCUCAGGGCAAUGAGCCCUCCCAUGCCAAGAAGCUGCUUCAUGAGGUGAUGACCCACGGCAUGGCCAUCAGUCCUCUGUACCAUUUCACACUCAGUGACGGGACGUCCCUCAGUGCGCAGACACGCUGCAAAUUCUGCUGCCCCCCAAACCCAGACGUACAGCCCUUCAUCAUGGGCAUUCACACUAUAGACAGGGAACACAAAACUGCUAGCUCUCAGGAAAACACUACCCCCAGCCUUCUGUCUCCUGCUGCCCCACCUUCCCGCUCACCUGCCCUGCAGCCCUCCAGUGACCUCAGCCUCCAUCUCAACAACAGCAAUGGCACCUGUGCCACUCCUGGACCCCCAACACCCACUCCACCAGGCUACCUAACGCCUGGCCGCGUUGGGCCCUCCCAGCAGGUCAGCAGCCCCUCUGCACUUGGCAGCCCUCUCACUGCCACCCCUACCUCAUUCAUGUCGCCUCGACCUCCACGGGGCAGCCCGGGCCUGGCCAGCAGCCCACGUGUGCCCGGCCAUCCUUUUUCCCCCUCGGCGCCCAGCAUCCACUCGCCCGCUGGCGGACUGACCAGGCAGCAGUCUGGCGGUGACAGUGUCAGUUUCUCUCUCCCCUCUCCCUUACCCCCCAGACAGACUCCGACCCCCAGCAGCUCCCCAGCACGUCAGCCCCCGGCCAAACCGCCGGAAGCAUCCGCUGAUGAGCCUAAAGCUGCUGCGGUGGGCAACCUCAAACUUAACCAGCUCUUGGACGGUGCCCCUGAACAUGACUCCCAACCCCGUCCCGCACCCAUGGCCCAGUGUCCGGCUUCUCACAGCAGUCUGACUGAGCGGCAUAAGAUUCUGCACCGCCUGCUCCAGGACAGCAGCCCUGCAGAUGCAGGCAAGGAGCACGACAUUAAGAACGAGCCUCCGACAAGUCCCAACACAGCCUUGGUGGCACGGGGACUUGGGAAGGAAACCCAGGACCACCAGCUGCUACGCUUUCUGCUGGAUACGGAUGAAAAGGACUUGGAGGACUUGCCGCCUCCGGCCAUCCUCAGCCUCCAUACUGUCAAGGUAAAGGCAGAGAAGAAAGGGAGCAGAGAGAAUGUGCUCUGUGCCGCUGCUGCUGCUGCCGCUACCACCGUGUCUGCAGUCGCUUGUUCGCCUCAAUCCAGUGACAAGCCCAGCCCGCAGUUUCCCAGUACCGAUCUGGACACUUUGAACCAGCUCUUGCCCACUUUGAGAAGCUCGGUGGGAGGUAAAGCAGUAGAGGAGCCAGUGCUCGUCCAGCCCAGUGAGGACAACCUUUCCAUCGGGUUGAAUGUGAAGAGAGAGUCACCAGGAACAUCAAGCAGAGCAUUCCCUGAUGGAUCAAACCUCUCAAAUCAGUCCUCUUUUGAGUUCUGCGACCCCUCUACACCAAACCAGGGUCAGGUCCAGGUGCCGGAUCUUGGGCAGACAGACCUGUUUCAGUCACCCAAGGAGAGCAGCAGCCCCUUUGCCAAUCCAACCAGCCUCAACUCUUUCAACACCAACACAGGUCUGGCCAAGCUGGAGCUUCCUGAGUCUCAGCAGUUCCAGCCCUUGUCCCUGGUUGAACCAAUGACCUUCGAUAACAAUUUGGGCAACCAGACACAGGCCCCUCUGUCCUCUCCUCAAGAGCAGUGUGUUCCAUGUCCGCUGGAUGAGAUGCUGUGUCCACCCAACACACCUGAGGGCUGUAACGACGAGAAGGCCCUGCUGGAGCAGCUCGUCACUUUCUUGAGCCGCACUGACGAGAGUGAGUUGGCCGAGCUGGACAGAGCGUUGGGCAUCGACAAGAUUGUUCAAUGUGGAUGCCUCGAACCUGUCACCCAGACCUUUCCUCAGUCUCAGCCUCCAACACCUGUACCCAUGGACCCCAAGCUGCCCAGCUACCCCUCUCAGUUCCCCACCUCACCCUCACAGUUUCCUGCUGAGAUGGGCACAGCACAGGGCAUGGGUUUCGGGGCCCCACGGAUGGCGUUUCCAGGCAACGUGGGCAUGACGGUGCGGCCCGGCAUGAAUCGAGCUCCUGGUGUGCCCAACCAGCUGCGGCUACCUCCCAACCAGCUGAGACUCCAGCUCCAGCAACGUUUGCAAGGCCCACAGCAGCUCCAGAACAGACUUGCGGCCAUGGGUCAGUUCCCACAAGGGGGGCAUGUUGCCAUGGGGAUGCGUCAGGGCAUGCAGCAGCCUCAGAUGCCCUCUCAGCCUCCACUCAACGCUCAAAUGAUGGCCCAGCGGCAGCGGGAGCUUUAUAGUUUCCAGCACCGCCAGCGGCAGCUUAUGCAGCAGAAGGUAUUGCUGAUGAGGCAGGGGAUGAACACAGGACCUCUGGGGGCUCAGCGAGUUCCUAAGGGCCCCCAGCAGCAACAGCCACCACAGCAGCAGCAGUUCGGUUUUUCUCCAGGCUAUAACGCCGUGCCUGGGAACACCCCUACCUCUCCGAGCCAUUUUAACCCCAUGGGAGGACCUCUGGACCCCACGCUACCUACCAGGGGGGGCAUGGGAAACCAAGGCAUUAUGGGAGGCAUUCAAGGGCAAUUUGGGGGGCCUGUGAACACUCCUGUUCAGCAGGGACUUUUCCAGCAGUUUGGGGGGUCUGGCAUGAUCCAGCAAGCAGAUCCAUCCUUCGCUCCUGAGCUUAGUCCAACCAGCCCCCUGCUUUCACCUCAGAACUCCACCUCCCAGAGUCCUCUGCUCCAGCAAGCGCAGCCUCCACCUGGUUAUCAGUCACCUGACAUAAAGAAUUGGCAGCAAGGGGCCAUGGGCAACAACAGUAUGUAUAACCAGGCAGGCCAGCCUGUCUCUCAGAGCUUUGGGCAGCAAGGCGUGUAUAACAACAUGAGCAUCACCGUGUCAAUGGCUGGAGGGUCAGGAGCGGUGAGCACUCUACCUCCUAUUGGACCAUCUGUCGGCAUGGGCAACAAUAACCUUGGCAACGUCACUUCAAUGUGUAACGAUCAGGUACAGCAGGUUCAGGUGUUCGCUGAUGUCCAGUGCACGGUAAACCUGGUGGGAAGUGACUCCUACCUUAACCAGUCUGGGCCCAUCGGGUCCCAGAAGGGCCCGAGCGGGACCCCCACAGCCCAGUCUCAGCAGAAGAGCCUCCUCCAGCAGCUCCUGACCGAGUGAGUCGCCCACCGUCUGCCAGAGGACUGUCUCCACAUGUAGAGAUUUUUAUUCUUCACCUUUGGUUUCUAUACAGUAUAUCUGCAGGGUCAGUGUCUGGGCUCAGGCUUGUGAGGUUUCAUAGCCGUU